AUGCCUUCCGCGCCUAAGCAGAGAAAGAUCGCAAUCGUUGGCAGUCGGUCCGUGGGAAAGUCGUCUCUCACGGUUCGCUUCGUCGAGCAUCACUUCGUGGAAAGCUAUUACCCUACAAUUGAGAACACAUUCAGCCGGAUUAUCAAGCACAAUGGGCAGGACUAUGCAACUGAGAUCGUCGACACUGCGGGACAGGACGAAUAUAGUAUCUUGAACUCCAAACAUUUCAUUGGAAUUCAUGGAUAUAUCAUUGUCUAUUCAGUGACAUCGCGCCAGUCAUUUGACAUGGUGCGGGUGAUUCGCGACAAGAUUCUGAACCACCUCGGAGCGGAUGAUGUACCUCUUGUUAUAGUAGGAAACAAGAGUGAUCUCAAGCCCGAUCACCGCCAAGUCACCCUCGACGACGGACGGCAAUUAGCGGAGGAACUCAACUGCGCUUUCACUGAGGCUAGUGCCUUCCUUGAUUUCAAUGUCUCGAAAGCCUUUGAUCUCAUGAUAGGAGAGGUUGAGAAGUCUCAAAAUCCCUCACAACCAACUGGGAAUAACAAGUGUGCUUUGAUAGAUCAUCAACGCCAAUUUGAUAACACCCGCUUGAUGGCUUCUUCUCGAGGCCCUCUUCCUUUUGGCUCUAUUUCUAUUGUGUCUUUCUGGUGGAACCAUUGGGUUUAUUGCAUGAAUAAUGAGUUUUAG